AGAGAAAGAAAGAAAGAGAACUGAUAAGUAAAUUUUAAUAAAGGGGACUUAAACAAAAAAAACACAUUUACUUUGCAUUUAGUCACAGUCUAAUAAUAUUAAAAUGUCAUGAAGCAGAAAAGCAGAUAAGAAAAACUCUUACAUAGUUUCUUCUAUAUAUGUGAGAAGGAUAUGACUUACCAUGAUAUUAUCUUUUUGCCUAAUCUAAUGCAAGAUUUGAUAGUACAUUUAUAUCAUUGUUCUGUAAAUGUAACCUAAAUGACAGAUAGGCAAUAAUUUGCUAAAGAAAUUUAUAAGAAACUGUGGAAAUGGGAAAUUGUUUGUGCAAAGAUACUCCAGAACUUGACUCAUAUGGCAGUACCAGUCAUACAGAAACUCAAAAUACUAUAAUACCAGAACCUAAUCUAAAUACAGUUCCAACUAGUGGUACAGCACGAUCUUCUUUUAAAUUCUCUUCAUUUUCAUAUAUUGACAAACUUGUAUUACAGACACUAAAAAGUCUGGAUACUUUAGUGGAUAAUGAUCAUGAGCCACCACCAGCUAUGUUAAAAUUGAAUGCUAUCGCAGAUAAAGAGGAUGGCUGGAUACAUGUAGUUUGUUCUAUGGUCAACAGUAUUCCAAUGCACAAUCCACUGGGACCUUCUGUUAUAAUAUUACUAUUAGAUGACUGCCCUUUGCCUUCAAAGGAUUCUGUGUUACAAUUAUCACGCAUAUUUCUACAUGCUCCAGUACAACUUACGAAUGAACAUCACUGCAAUAUAUGUGUAGUACUUGGUUGUAUUGCAGAGAAACUUGCUGGUCCUAGUAGUAUAGCGAUAUUAUCCGACGCCACCUUAGAUUAUCUUGUUUCAAAUCUACGAACGGAUUACGAGCCUUACGUGAUGUUAUACUCUCUAAUAGCACUAGAAAAGUUUGCACAGACAAGUGAAAAUAAGGCUACUAUUAAGAAACGUCUUAUGGCAGAAAAACAGAAUCCAUUGUUAAGAUUGGAAAAGUGGGCAACAGAAGAGCAUUAUGUACGUCGUCAAGUUGGUUUCUGUGCACAAUGGUGUUUAGAUAACUUAUUCUUAAUGGAAGGCAGAAAGUAUUCCCACGAUUCCGUCGAUGUGAGUGGAAUUAAUGUAAUGUUGAAUACGAAGGAUGUAAGCGAGUACCUGAAAAUAUCACCUAAUGGUUUAGAAGCAAGAUGUGAUGCAUAUUCUUUUGAAAGUGUACGAUGUACAUUUCAAGUAGAUUCAGGAAUAUGGUAUUAUGAGACACUUAUAAUAACUGCAGGAGUGAUGCAAAUUGGAUGGGCUACAAAAGAUAGUACUUUUCUUAAUCAUGAGGGCUAUGGCAUAGGAGAUGACGAAUUUUCUGUGGCCUACGAUGGUUGUCGCAGAUUGAUUUGGUAUAAUGCUCGAAGUGAAAAAUUUCCCGACACUUAUUGUUGGAGAUCCGGUGAUAUCUUGGGUUGUUUAUUGGAUUUAAAUAAAUUAGAAAUAAUAUUCUCUAUCAACGGUAUACCACUUAAACCGUGUAUUCAAAUAUUUAAAACAGUAAAGUCGGGAUUCUUCGCAGCAGCUAGUUUUAUGUCAUUCCAACAAUGUCUUUUUAAUUUUGGAAAUGAACCUUUUAAAUAUCCUCCUGUCGAUCGAGAAUUUCAGAAAUUUAACGACCACGCUACGCUAAAACCGGAAGACAAGAUCAUACUUCCUAGACAUUUAUAUUUAGACCAGUUACGAAGACUUAGUGUUAGGGAAGAUUCCUGUACAUUAUGUUUCGAUCAGAAAGCAUCGGUGAGGUUACUGCCGUGUAAUCACAGAGGAUUUUGCCAAAGAUGUUCGAAUCAGCUGAUUGAGUGUCCAAUGUGUAGAGCUACUAUCGAAGAAAUAGCCUCUGAUGAUAUAUGACAUCGAUCAUAUCAUACCGAUGCAUACCACCAAUUCUUUUAUCGCUUCUUUAAUACCAUUUACUUUUUGUGGAAAUGUCAUGAGAUAAUCAUGAUUAUAACAGAUAGAGUUGUUUAUGCUGUAUGUUAUAUACAGUUACAUGUCACAUAGCAUGUAGUAUUUUUUUUUGCAACAUACUGCAUUAAUAGAAGACUAUAAAGUGUAGAUAAAUGAAUUCCGUAACGA